GCUCAGAGGAGGAGCGUUGCGUCCGAUGUUCCUCCACAGAGCUGACUUCUCCUCCAUCUUCAAGCUAAAAGUCACCGAGGGAAAGUCACGAUAAUGAUCAACACAGCGGAAUGCGCCGUGGACGCGCAAAGCUUGAUCUCCAUCUCCCUCAUGAAGAUCCACAACUCCAGGACGCAGCGAGGAGGCAUCAAGCUGCACAAGAACCUGCUGGUCUCCUACGUGCUGAGGAACGCCAGACAGCUUUACAUCAAGGAGAAGUACGCGGAGAUCUACAGGAUGCAGCAGUACGAGGAGGUGAUGACGGUGUGCAACGAGAUCCAGGAGCUGGACCCGCUGGACGUGGACGAAGCCGACAACGAGGAGCAGACGCGGGAGGCUUGCUGCGGCGAAGACGCGGCGCAGCACGGACGGGCGGCGGGCGCUCUCUCCGGUAAAGAACCGGAGCCCUCCUACUACAGAAGCUGCUGCAUGGACGUCUCCGUUGCGCCGCACGGCGACCAGAUCCCCGCCGACAACUGCAACCAAACCACCGUGCUGGACCUGGACACGCAUGUGGUGACGACAGUGGAGAACGGAUACCUCCACCAGGACUGCCGCUGCUGUGACGCGCCCCAGACCGGCCAGGGCGCGCAGUCGCCGGGAAAGAAGCGGAAGGUUGACGCCGGUGCUUGUGGACUGUGCGAGGCGGAGGAAGCUUCCGAGUUUUCCGCCUCACGCAAACGGCCCAAACGCGACGAGUACUCCUACUGCAACCCGGACUACACGGACACCUCCAACAUCUCCAACCUGAUCUCCAUCUUCGGCUCGGGGUUUUCGGGGCUGCUGAGCAGGCAGGCGGACUUGGAGCAGAUCUGCAGCAAACAAGCGCUGGCCAGCCUGGGAGCAUGGACCCGGGCCAUCGUGGCCUUUUGAAGCAAAACAAACACCAAUAACAUGCUUCGCUCUUGUGGGCGAAACUGGCGACGGUAGAAGGUCCCCGAUGGGUCCCUCGUGGUUCUACGGGGUGGUCUUACUUGGGUCUGACGUGGUCUGGUAGUAAGAGGUCUGGUCACAACACACAAAUGCAGGGUGCUUCUUCAGAUGUUCUGUAGGUGGAGACAUUUGAAAAGAUGAGUGAAGCUCCCCGAACGUUGGGGAACUUCACGGGAACCCUCGUGGGCCGUGAAGAACAUCUUCACACGUCUUGGUGACCAGCUAAGCUGGUUCGGUUCAUUCAACAGUCCGGUCACUCAUUCAAAUGGUCCAAAUGGAACAGUGAGUCGUGUUAUUGUUCAACAUGUGGUACAGCUGGGGUGUCCAAAGUGCGGCUCGGGGGCUAGGUUUGGUCGCCAUGUAUUCCAAAACUACAAUUACAAAAAAAGCAUAUCUAAGUGAGGAGAAAAGUUGGAAAAAAUAUAUUUUUGUCCUUUUUUUAUUUUAUUUUAAUUUGGUUGUUUUUGAUUGGUUUGUUUAUUUCAUUUUAAUUUUUUUUUUUUGACAUUUUGGGUUCAUAUUUGUUAGUUUUGAUAAUUUUUUAAAAACAUUUAUUUCAUGUGUUUUUGUUGAAUAUUUUUUUUAUUAAAGUUUGAUUUAAAUUUUUUUUAGUAUUUUGGCUUUAAUUAAAUUUUUAUUCAUUUUUUGCUUGUUCAUUUUUUUUAGUUUAUUAAUCUGAUUUGAUUUCUAAAAAUGUAUUUUUAUUUUUCGAUUGGUCUAUAAAAAGUAGUUGAAUAUCAUGAAAAAAAAUAUUUUUUUAUUGCUGAUGACAAAACAAAUCAUUUUUUCUUUCAGAAUAAGCCGCAGGAUGCUAAAAGGGAACCCUGCGCCCCACAAAUGGCCCCGGGGCCAUACUUUGGACACCCCAGCCAUACAAGACGAGAGCAUAAAGGAGUUUAUUUUUACGUAAAGACGAUGAAAUGUAAAGGUGUGAGAGUGGUUGCAUAUACACAGUAUAUAUAUAUUUACAGUAUACAUAUACAGUAUAUAUGUGUACAUGUGCGUCACUUCCGUUGCCUUAAACACACACAAACACACACACACUGCUAGAAAUAGCAAGUUGGUACACAACGUGACUGAAUGUCUUGUGUUCUUUGUCCCUGAUGUCCUUGAAGCGGACGUUGCGAGCAGUUGAAAUGCUGGCAUUGAAAAGGCAACAAUCAAAUCCUUCAAGUUAUGUGAGGACUUCCAUCUUUGUUCACCAUGUUUUCUACAACUCAAGGUCAUGGUUCCGAUCCGUCUUUACUGUUUUGUACAACAAGAAUCCCAGAAGUCCUUUUGUUUUAAAAAGGCAAAGUCAUGAUUUAGCCAUAAGAUGACCAACAUCCAUGCAUUAGCUUUAUCAGUAAUGUGUGUGUGUGCCAAAAUAAAGAGAGUGUGCUACCAUUCUCCACAUAUUUUGUUGAUAUUCUGGUAUUUUUCUGCUUUUAAAAAAAUGUAUAUUGCCGGGUAAAACUGUUAUUAAACUAUUUGUAAAAAACCAAAAAGUAUCUUAAUAAAAA